GAGAAACAGAUAUAUGCUUAUUAAAUAGUUAAAACUAUAGAUAGAUAUAUAAAUAUAGAAAGUGAGGAGAUAACUGGAUCAUACCAUUGAGCACCAGGCAGGCACUAUGCUUAAUAAAAUAAUGAGCAGUGAUCGUUGUGUUGGAGCUUCUCCUAAUAAGCUAAUUAUAGUUCACCUUUUCUUCCUCCUCUGCUUCCAAUUUGGUUCUGAAUUCAAGCACAAUCAAUCGGCACAUGCUAAAUAUGUGCCUCAUGAGGAAGUAACUGCUUUGAUAGAAGUAGCUAAGAAUUUGGAGUUUCCAAGCGAUCGCGGGAUGCCGCCUGAUUUUGAAAGCAUAAGGAAUUUAUCUUGCAAUCAUACCUCCUCCCGUCUUUAUGCGACUUUAGGCAUUUCUUGUGCAUGCGACUACACCGACAACAUGUGCCACUUCUUGGCACUCUACUGGGCCAACAAAGGCUUGACUGGGUUCCUGUCCAAAGAAGUGGGAAAACUUACUCAUCUUAAAAUCCUCCAAUUGCAGAACAACAAAGUUAAGGGUAGCAUCCCAGAUUCUUUGGGGAAUUUGAGUUUUCUCCGCACACUGAAUCUUGCAUAUAAUCGAUUAACUGGAGGAAUACCGGAAAGCCUGGGGAAUUUAAAGGCUCAAAAGAGGAGUGAGGACUGUCGCAGAACUAGGACAGGCGAACUCUCCUGCGUUGCUAUCCGUAGUAACUGCCCAUCUUUCUACUUGGAUCUUUCAUACAAUUAUUUGAAUGGGUCGAUACCAGAAAGCUUAGGGAACAUAACAUUUAAUAAUUCCAAAGAUGCCAAGCUGGAAUCUUAUUGUGCAGACUCUUAUUCCAUUGAUCUCAGUAAUAAUUUGUUGACGAGGCGCAUACCGAAGACUUUAGGAAAUCUAAAGUAUCUUAAAUUCAUGGAUUUGAGCGAAAAUCAUCUGAAUGAUUCUCUUCCAGUUGAACUUGGAAAUCUGAUCUCACUUCGAGCACUCUGGUUGGAAUCCAAUCAUCUUACUGGUGAGUUUCCGUCCAGCUUCGGCCAACUUGUAAAUCUAUUAGGAUUUUCAAUCUCUGGGAAUUACUUGACCGGUCCUUUCCCUAGCGUAAUUGCCAAUUGGACUCAGAUCAACCAUUUGUACUUUCAAGGCAACAGUUUUGAGGGGGGAAAUAUACCUUUAGAAAAUUUUAACUUCUCAAGCCUAGACACUCUGGAAAUUAGUGAUGUAGCCACUUCUUCUUUCCUAUUCCCACAAUCUAUAAAGUUGAAUGUCAUAGUUACUCUGGUUUUGAGGAAUUGUUCAAUUGGUGGUUCAAUCCCUCCAUAUAUUGGUGAUCUGUCAAACCUGAAAUAUCUAGAUUUGAGUUUCAACAAAUUAACUGGUGCAAUCCCAGAUUCAUUGAGAAAUUUUAAUUUAACUAUCAGUUACAUGUCUUUUGCGAAUAAUCUACUUGGUGGUGCAAUCCCAGCUUGGAUUUCUCGCGUAGCUGCCCCGGCUACUGUGGAUCUUUCGUUCAAUAACUUUUCAAAAGCGAGCAUCGAAAUAUACAAAAAACCAAAUGUCAACUUGUUUUCCUGCUGCCCCUCCUGCUCGGUUUGUCAACAAGAAAUGAAAGGUGUGGACUAUUUAAGGAAACAAAGUUGUUCGAAUCCCAAGUACUACAGUAAUUCGAUGAAUGUAAACUGUGGAGGUGAGGAGAAAGAAAUCGAUGGAGCUCGUUAUGACCAAGAUAACGAAAUAGCACUAUAUGGUGUGAAUUCAUCAAGCAACUGGGCUUUCAGUAGCUCGGGGAGCUUUUUGUCACCUAGUACAAAUUCCAGUGAUUAUAUAAAAACGGUCAAAUGUGGAAUUUCAGUUGAUGAAGCACCUUUGUAUGAGAAAGCUCGACUGGCUCCCGUGUCUCUGAAGUACUAUGGGUAUUGCUUACAUAAUGGUAAUUACAGUGUCACACUUCAUUUCGCUGAGAUUGUAUACGUAGAUCAAGAUGACGAUGACCCUGAUAAUGAUUACAAGAGCCUAAAGAAACGCGUAUUCGACAUUUAUAUUCAGGGUGAGAGGGUACGAACAGAUUUCUAUAUCAACAGCAGUGCGGGACCGAACAAAGUAGUUGUUGAAAACUAUACCACUACUGUGAACAACAGUCAAUUGGAGAUUAAAUUGUACUGGGCUGGAAAAGGGACUCAGUCAUAUAACUAUGCACCUAGUUUUAAUGGGCCUCUUCUAUCAGCCAUUUACGUAGCUCGUGAUAUCCCAAAAGAGAAAAAAGGACUAUCUCGUUGGCAAAUAGCAUUGAUUACGAUUGGAUCCAUUAUAUUUGCUCUGCUACUUUUAUUGGCUUUCGCUUGGAUUAUGGGAUGGCUGGGAAAAGAAGAGUUGCACUGUGAGACUACAAUUAAUCAGCAUAUAAAAGUAGGCGAAAAUAGAACUGUUCCCCUUAAAAGAUUAAUAGCUGCAACUCAAAGUUUUAGCAAUGAAAUGGAGAUCGGGAAAGGUGCUUCUGGGACAGUAUAUAAGGCUGAACUAUCUGAUAAUGACAAUGUUGCUGUGAAAAAGCUUUCCACUCUUUCAGAAGCAGGAAUCCAAAAAUUGGACAAUGAAAUUGUUAACAUCCAAACUUUGAGGCACGAAAACCUUGUUCGGCUGUUUGAUAUUUAUGUAGGAAAAGGCUUGUGUUUUCUUGUAUAUGAAUACAUGAAAAAUAAAUCCCUCGAAGAUGUUUUGCUUGACCCAACAAAAAAAGACCAACUUGACUGGAAAACAAGAUUCGAAAUUUGUCUAGGAAUUGCCAAGGGUUUGAAGUAUCUACAUGAGCUUCCAAGACUGAAGAUGGUUCACAGGGGAAUUAAAGCUGCUAAUAUCCUUCUUGAUGAAACUUAUAAGCCUAAGAUAUCAGACUUUGGGUUUGCAAGAACUUCUACAGAGAGUGAUAAUGCUAUUCAAUUCCAAAGGGUAAUGGAAGAAGCAUCAAAUGGAUAUAUGGCACCAGAGUAUACAGCGAAAGGAAAGGAACUAACUGACAAAUAUGAUGUAUACGCAUUUGGGGUGGUUGUACUUGAAACUGUCUGUGGGAAGAAAAAUGUAAGUCUAAGCAGGAAAAACAAUCAAGAGAUGGAGAUUCUUGUGGACCAGGUUCGCAUAGCAGAAAGAAAAGGAACUCUGCUGAAAGAUAUGCCAGACAGUAGUAUGAACAACAUUUAUGACACAAAACAAGUCAUUACUGUCCUAAAGGUAGCAAUUAUGUGCACCAAUAUAUCCCCUGGUGUUAGACCCACAAUGUCUCAAGUCGUGAGUGUUCUAAUGAAUGAGAAGACCCUUGAAGAGAUUUUUGAAGAAGAUGAUAUAUUUAGAUAUGAAGACUUUACGGAAGACGAUUUUAAAGGGAUUAUUAAAGUAAGUGAUGAAGAAGAUAGAACUGUCACCCUGAAAGAACUAAUAGAUGCAACUGAAAUAUUUAGCAAACCAAGGAAGCUUGGUAAAGGAAGUUUCGGAACAGUUUAUAAGGCCAUACUGCCACGUGAUCAUAUUGUUGCUGUAAAGAAGCUUUCCACACUUUCAGAUGAAGGAAUUGACAAACUAAAUAAAGAAAUUGGUAAUUUCCAAAGUUUGGAGCAUGACAAUCUUGCUCGGCUCUUUGAUUUUCACCUAAAAGAAAGCUUGUGCUUUCUUAUUUAUGAAUACAUGGAAAAUAAAUCCCUGGCAGAUGUCUUGUUCGACCCGAAGAACAAAAUCACACUCGACUGGGAAAGUAGAUUCAACAUAUGCCUAGGAAUCGCAAAGGGUUUGGAGUAUCUACACGCGUAUAAGAUGGUUCAUAGAGGAAUCAAAGCUACUAAUAUUCUUCUCGAUAGCACUUUUAAGCCUAAGAUAUCUGACUUUGGAUUGGCAAGUGCUUAUGCCGAGAGUGACAAUGAUUCUGCUCAGUUACUUAGGGUCAUGAAAAUAGAAGCAUCAAAUGGAUAUAUGGCACCAGAGUACCCAGUAAGAAGAAAUGAAGUAAGUCACAAAUAUGAUGUCUAUGGAUUUGGGGUAGUACUACUUGAAAUUGUUUGUGGAAAGAAAAAUGUACCUCGUCCGAGCAGUAAAAACAUCCAGGAGCUUGGCAUUCUUGUGGACGAGGUUUGGGUAGCAGAAACAAAAGGAAGAAUGUUAAAUAUGCUGGACCAAAGUUUGUCCACUUAUGAAACCAAACAAGUGAUAACUGUGCUGAAGCUAGCAGUGAAGUGCACCAGCAUAUCCCCAGGCGUUAGACCCACAAUGUCUCAAGUUGUGAGUGUUCUAAUGAAUGAGAAGACCGUUGAAGAGAUUUUUGAGCCUGAAGAAGCCUCUGGACGAGUUGACACAAUUCGUCAAGACUUUACGGAAGACGUUGUUAGAGGUGCAGAUUCAUCAUCAUAAAUCACCUUUAAAAAAUAACUACGUAAAAGAAACCAAAAAAAAAAAACAUUGCUCCGUAUUAAUAUUUAUUAGUUAUUUUUAUUUGGUAGGAUUAGUAACUUAAUGAGUGUAAUCUUUUAUGUAGUUGAUAUGAAUUUGAUUAAUAAUGAUAUUUAUUACUACGACAGACAAGACGUUUGGUUUGUAUAUUUUGUAAGGGUAAGAGUAGAGCUGUGUCCGUGUGUAUGCAACGACAUGUCGUUCGGUCAUAGAAAGGCAUUGAACACAAACAUGCAUAUUUCUUUCUCUUCUUUUUCAACUACUGCUACUGACUAAUUUUAAAAAGGGAAAUUUGUUUAUGA